GGUGUCUAAAACCUGUUGUCAUGACAACCCGAGCGUAAACAUAAAUUGUCUGAGUAAACAAGUAAAUUGGCCCUUCCAGAGAUAUUCUUGUUUUUUCGAAAAAAGAUAUAAAUACCAGGCAUGGAUUGGGCUGAAGAUUUGAAAAUUUCAAUUAGAAAGACCACCGCAAAGAUGGGUCGUCGUGCUGGGCAGAAAAGCUUAAGCUCACAGAAUAGUUCGGAGCGUGAAGAAUCAUUGGAUAUUGAUUUCGAUGUAGGAUCUGAUGGAGGAGGUCCUAGCAGUGAUUCAUUUCUUAAAAGUCCUCCAAAAGGAAAGAAGUCCGGAGGUUGGGCUGAAUCGGGCCUCAAGUCGGGCAAAAACCGAGCAAAUAAAAACUUAAUUGAAGAGGAAAGAUUUAGUUCGGCAGUUAACAUCAACGAUAAUGACUUUUUGGACGAUAUACCAGUCAUUCCGGAUCUGGAUGAUAUACAGGAAGAACUUCUAAUGUCAACUGUCGUAGAAGCACCUUCUGUCUCGGCGAAUCGAACUGUGACUCUAAAAGAACUCAAUUCAGAUCUUUUGAAGCAGAGCGCGUUCUCUACUCUUGAGGAUAUAGAUUUGGCUAUUCUUACAAAGUGUUUGCAGUCACAAGCUCAACUUGAUGAACCCGACGAGCCAUGGGAAUGGGAAAAGUUAUUUACAGAAGUUUCAGCGGAAAUUCAUGUUGAUAACAAUACAUCAGGAAAAAAUGACACUUCAGAGGAUGUUCAAACGCCUUUUGUUACAUAAGUUAGUUAUAAGUAUAUGGAAAUAACAAACCAAGUAAGUUAUUUUUUUUUUCAUUGCGUCCAAUCAAAUUCUUGCGAACAAUCGCUAAGUUAAUAGUUUAAAUCCCGAUUGUACAUGUGCAUACAUUGUGAAUAUCUUUAGAAAUGAGGAGAUGAGUAAAA